CCAGAAACGGUCCAGAAAUCCCAGCGAAGCCAAAACCUCUUCUUUCUUCACCGAGGAUAUGGAAGGGUAAAUUUAUAUUUCAUUAAUUUAAAAUAGGUUUUGUUUCGUUUCAGAACGUUUGAUCGAAUGAUGUUUUUUUUUAAAUGCCCUUAUUUUAUGCUAAACAUUCUUGUGGAGCAUUCUCACUAACUUAUUGGUGAUUUUUGUCCCCAUUAUAUUAGAGAACUAUUUAUUCCUUUUUGUUUAAAAUGUCAGCAUCUUUUUUUUAAAAAAUAUUUGUGUUAAAUGGGAAACGUAUAAAACAGGAAAAUAUUUUCAAUAUGAAGUAAUGAAUUGAAUUGAAUAUUUAUUUGGCGCUUGUGUCCAUGCUACCCUAGCACGCUCACAGCGCUCUGAUGUUCUUAAAUCUAUUAAAAUUUUAAAAAAAAGUCUUUAAAUGUUUCUUAAAUGAUUUUUUAAAUAAUUUCCAAUGUCCCUCAAAGAUUGGGGCAAACUGUUCAAUAAUUUUGGCGCUAUCGCUUCAAAAAAGAGCUUUCCGUAUGACUUUUCUGUGUCCAUCCAUACUGGGAAAUCUCAGUAAGGAGCUCAAACAUAUUUACCCUAAUCUCCCGCUUUCCCGUUUGGGAAUUUAAGAAAAUUUAUGAGCGUUAUAAAAAAUAACCGAGUGCAAAUGCCUUGCAUUGCAAAGACCUAUAUUGCUACGACUUGCAUUGCUGCCUUGCAUUGCUAAGACCUAUAUUGCUACGACUUGCAUUGCUGCCUUGCAUUGCAAAGACCUAUAUUGCUACGACUUGCAUUGCUGCCUUGCAUUGCAAAGACCUAUAUUGCUACGACUUGCAUUGCUGCCUUGCAUUGCAAAGACCUAUAUUGCUACGACUUGCAUUGCUGCCUUGCAUUGCAAAGACCUAUAUUGCUACGACUUGCAUUGCUGCCUUGCAUUGCUAAGACCUAUAUUGCUACGACUUGCAUUGCUGCCUUGCAUUGCAAAGACCUAUAUUGCUACGACUUGCAUUUGCCUUGCAUUGCAAAGACCUAUAUUGCUACGACUUGCAUUGCUGCCUUGCAUUGCUAAGACCUAUAUUGCUACGACUUGCAUUGCUGCCUUGCAUUGCAAAGACCUAUAUUGCUACGACUUGCAUUGCUGCCUUGCAUUGCAAAGACCUAUAUUGCUACGACUUGCAUUGCUGCCUUGCAUUGCUAAGACCUAUAUUGCUACGACUUGCAUUGCAGCCUUGCAUUGCUAAGACCUAUAUUGCUACGACUUGCAUUGCAGCCUUGCAUUGCUAAGACCUAUAUUGCUACGACUUGCAUUGCUGCCUUGCAUUGCAAAGACCUAUAUUGCUACGACUUGCAUUGCUGCCUUGCAUUGCAAAGACCUAUAUUGAGAUGACCCACAUUGAUGUCUUACAUUGCAAUGACUUAAAUUGUAAUGAAUUACAUUGUUAUGACUGAUAGUGCUAUGACUUAAAUUUUCAUGACAUACAUCAUUUUGAAUUCAUUUGCUAUGACUUUCAUUACUCAUUUCCAUGACUUACAUGUUUAUGACUUACAUUGUUAGGACUUACAUUGCCAUAACUUACAUUGCUAUGACUUACAUUGUUAUGACUUACAUUGUUAUGAAUUACAUUGAUAUUACUUACAUUGUUAGGACGUACAUUGCUAUGACUUACAUUUCUACAAAUUAAAAUUGAUAUGACUUACAUUGGUAUGACUGACAUUUCUAUGAAUUACAAUUGCUAUGACUUACAUUGGUAUGACUUACAUUUCUAUGAAUUAACAUUGCUAUGAAUUAACAUUGCUAUGACUUACAUUGGUAUGACUAACAUUGCUAUGACGUACAUUGCUAUGACUUACAUUGCUAUGACUUAUAUUGCUAUGACUUACAUUGCUAUAACUUACAUUGUUAAGACUUACAUUGCUAUGACUUACAUUGUUAGGACUUACAUUGCUUGACUUACAUUGUUAUGACUUACAUUUUAAUGACUAAAAUUGCUACGACUUACUUUGUUAUGACUUACAUUGUCAUGACUUACAUUACUAUUACUGACAUUGUUAUGAGUACAUUGUCAUGACUUACAUUGUUAUGAAUUACAUUGGUAUGACUUACAUUGCUUUGACUUUCAUUGUUAUGACUUACAUUGCUAUAACUUAUAUUGCUAUUACUGACAUUGUUAUUACUACAUUGUCAUUUCUUACAUGACUGACAUUGUUAUGACUACAUUGAUAUGACUUACAUUGCUAUGACUUAACUUUUUAUGAAUUACAAUGUUAUGACUGAUAUUGCUUUAACUGAAAUUUUCAUGGCUUACAUCAUUUUGAAUUACUUUGCUAUGACUUACAUUGUUAGGACUUACAUUGUUAUAAUGAACAUCACUAUGACUAACAUUGUAAGGACUUACAUUGGUAUGACUUACAUUGAUCUGACUUACAUUGUUAUCAUUUUCAUUGUUAUGCCUUACAUUGCUAUUACUUACAUUGUUAGUACUUACAUUGUUAUGAUUUACAUAGCUAUGACUAAUAUUGUUAGCACUUACAUUGGUAUGACCUGCAUUGUUAUGACUUACAUUGCUAUUACUUGCAAUGCUUUGAAUUUUACUGUUGUAGCUUACUUUGCUUAAUUUUAAAACUUUUUUCUUGUUUAGAUUCACUGACGGAAAUAAAAUGAUACUAACAUCAGUGAUUGUGUUGUUCAUCCUGUCGGUGACAAUAGAAGCAACUACAGAAGACGAUCCAUUUCUCGAAGGUCAGUUUUUAAAAAUUACAAUUUCCCACAAUUUUAGUAAUUUACUUGUACUUUAAACGGGGCAAAAGCACGUUUAUGUGACGCAAUGCAGGUUCUAUGAUUACAAUGUCAAGAAUUUCUAUACGGAAGUGUCACAAUUAUAAAGUUUUAAUGACGCAAGUUUUAUAUAAGAAGUUCUGUAAUCAUGAUGACGAAACAUAUCAUAAUAAUGGCCACACACUUAAUUCGAAACAAAUAAAUGAUCAUUUUUUAAAAUUUUAAUUUCAUUGUGGCGUAGCUAGGGUUUGUGACUCCCUAGACCAGCGGCUCUCAACCAUUUUAGGGGAUGAACGCCCUUAAAUCAUGGGUCGCCUAAGACCAUUGGAAAGCACAUAUUUUAUGAAGUAGCACUGAGAAUUAUUUUAUGGUUAGGGGUCAUCACAACAUGAGGAACUGAAUAAAAGGGUUCGCGGCAUUACAAAGAUUGAGAACCUCUGCCCCAGAUGUCACUUUACUUUUCGCCUCCCUCAUGCAGGAAAACCAGAGAUCAUACAGAAUGCAUAUCCAACCUGGCCAUAUACGGUAUAGUCAUCGAACCGAAAACACUUUAUAAAGCCUCACCAGGUUUGGACUCCCUUGAAUUCCCACUUUUUUCUUCUUAAUAAUCUUAUUAUUAUUUAAUUUUUCUCAGCGGUGUUCAUGGUCGAGGACUACAAGAGCUCUGACCACUUGACGUUGGUCUGUCCAGCCACCCAAAACGACGAGGUCGACCUGUUUAUCUCUAAAUCUCAUACGUAUCUGAACUUUUCAAGGCUGGUAACAUUUAGGCCAGGCGUCCCUUGCCAAGUCAUGAAGCCGUGUAAGGAUAGCAUCCCCUUACAAUGCUCGUAUUGCGGAGACAACCCCAAAGAGAAGCAAGUCUUCGCGGCCGUCUCCAGACAAUCCACCAAUCUUGAGGCGUACAAGUGCCACUAUCUAAAAACGAACGGGGAUCAAUUGUAUUUGCUUGUUGGUAAGUUUGGUAAUAUUUUUUAGUGAUACCAUCUACCCAUGAAAUUUUGAGCACACUGUUGGCAUUUCAUAACAACACAUGUCAACUCCUAUGUCACUGUUUAAACAACAAUCGGUUGUCGCAAAAUAGAUAUUAUAUUUUUUUUAAAUUUGGAAACAAAGUGGCAAUGGACGAGGCUCUUGGGGGCGCUCUUUGACAACAAAGGGACAACAGAUGAGGCUCCUAGCGGCAUUCCUUGGCCAGAAAGCGGCAAUGGACGAAGCUCUUGACGCUCCUUGAUAGGAUAUUGAGAAAAUCCUGCGUUUCUAAUGUAUGAGGAGAUGUCCCGUCUCUCACUCGUAGUUAAUAUAGUACAAUAAAUUAGAAUAAGUAUCAUAACCGAUUUGCGCACGUAAAGAUAGAACCAGUCCAACCCAUGUGCCCAUCAACAGAUAGAACCAGUCCAACCCAUGUGCCCAUCAACAGAUAGAACCAGUCCAAACCAUGUGCCCACCAACAGAUAGAACCAGUCCAACCCAUGUGCCCACCAACAGAUAGAACCAGUCCAACCCAUGUGCCCACCAACAGAUAGAACCAGUCCAAACCAUGUGCCCACCAACAGAUAGAACCAGUCCAACCCAUGUGCCCACCAACACAUAGAACCAGCCCAACCCAUUGCCCACCAACAGAUAGAACCAAUCCAACCCAUGUGCCCACCAACAAAUAGAAGCAGUCCAACCCAUGUGCCCUCCAACAAAUAGAACCAGUCCAAACAAUGUGCCCACCAACAAAUAGAAGCAGUCCAACCCAUGUGCCCUCCAACAAAUAGAACCAGUCCAAACCAUGUGCCCACCAACAGAUAGAACCAAUCCAACCCAUGUGCCCACCAACAAAUAGAACCAGUCCAACCCAUGUGCCCACCAACAGAUAGAAACAAUCCACCCAUCAGUACACCAAAAGAUAGAACCAGACAUAGCUUGACCGAUCUAUAAACCCAAAUAUUGAAACAGCCCCGGCAAUCAUUGACCUGCGUACCCACUGAAUGAGCCAAUCCCCACUGACCUCCACCCCCAAAGAUAGAGGCAAUCGCCACUAACCUCCACCCCCACAGAUAGAGGCAAUCGCCUCUGACCUCCACCCCCACAGAUAGAGGCAAUUGCUCCUGACCUGCAGCCCCACAGAAUGAGCGAGUCCACACUGACCUCCACCCCCUCAGACAGAGGCAAUCGCCACUGACUUGCAGCCCCACAGAAUGAUUCAGUUCCCAUAGACCUCCACCCCCACAGAUAGAGGCAAUCGCCACUAACCUACAGUCGCAUAGAAUGAGCCAGUCCCCGCUGACCUUCACCCUCACAGAUUGAGGCAAUCACCAAUGACCUGCAGCCCCACAGAAUGAGCCAAUCCCCACUGACCUCCACCCCCAACGAUAGAGGGAAUAGCCACUGACCUCUACCCCCACAUAUAGAGGCAAUCGCCACUGACAUGCAGGCCCACAGAAUGAGCCAGUCUCCACUGACUUCCACCCCCACACAUAGAGGCAAUCGCCACUGACCUCCACCCCCACAGAUAGAGGCAAUCGCCACUGACCUGCAGCCCCACAGAAUGAGUCAGCCCCCAUUGACCUGCUCCCCCACUGAUAGAGGCACUCACCGGUGACCUGCACCUCCACAGAUAGAACUGGCCCCAGCAAUCACCAAUCCACGCUCCCACAGAUUGAACUAACAAAGAUCAAACAAUUGAUUACUAUUUUCAAACUGAUCUAAUUUCAUAUGACCAGCUAGGGUGAUUAAAUUUUUUUUUAAAAAGCUUGUUUCUUUGUAGAUUAAAUAAUUUUUUCUCUGAUCAUUGAAAUUUGAUGUUGCGACAUUUUAGUGUUGACAUUCAUCGCCAAUGUGGCUCACAAUGUAUUUCAGUCAAUAUAAUCUUCACUGGUUGUACUUUGUAAGAGAUGAACGUAGUCAAAGAAAUUGGGUUUUUAAGAUACGAUUAUGUUUAGUUUUUUUAAUUCAAAGGUUUUAGUUGCCAAUUCUGGCAAUAACAUAAUUGUGAUGAACAUCUUUGGAAUUAAAGAAUUGUAUUUUCCUGUAUUGGCUGAUUAGUUAGCUCGUAUGGGAUUUUAUUUAUGAAAAAAAGAUGUGACAUUCUCUCUUUACAAAAUGGGUAGGUUCAUUUUGCCCAAGGCAAUACUAGAAUAAAUAACCCGAUGUUUUCGGAGGUAGGAGAUAAGAUGUGUAUAGUUUUAUAAAUACAUGUCGGAGGUAGGAGAUAAGAUGUGUAUAAUUUUAUAAAUACAUGUCGGAGGUAGGAGAUAAAAUGUGUAUAGUUUUAGGUGGAUGACAACAUCGUUAAUUCCUAUGGUAUUCCCUUUUAAAUAAAAAGAGAUGUUACAUUCUCUGUUUACAAAUAUGGGUAAUUUCAUUUUGCCCAUGGCAAUACAAGAUACGCAUCAAAAUAAGAUAAUGAAUUUGAUCAAUAAUUAACCUCCUUGGGUACAUUCAUAUCGGUGGUAGGAAAAAGGAUGUGUACAUUUUUACGUGGAUGACAAUAUAUUUAAAUCCUAUGGUAUUACAUUUGUGAAAAAAGAGAUUUUUAAUUCUCUUUUUACAACUAAACAAAUGUUUAACAAUAAAGAAAAUCAAUGGCGUUACAUGUAUAUAACCAUACUCUUAAAUAUGUAAACCCAAUCAUUUCACACACAUGAAAGAGUAAUUUUGAAAAUUAGAGAUGGGUUAAUAUUUACUUUCAAAGAAUGAAAUUAUAAUUUUGAUUUUACUUUGCAAAAAGUAAAGAGGUGUGUAUUUUAUGAGAUAAAGAAUUCAAUUUUUUUUUAAAAGAUACUCAAGUGUGUUUCAGGCGCGAAAAAUGGUUGCGAGAUUCGUCUUUAGAUAAAAAUAAUUCUUUGUUUUACGAGUCUCUGAUAAUAUAUAAAUUUUUUAAAGGCAUAAAUAUGUUUACAUUUUUGAUGGAGAUAUCAAUACAUAUUGAAUUCCUGUCAUAUAAAAUAUACUUAAUAUCAUGUAUAUAGUUUUUGAUGUAAAUUUAAGAUUAGUUUUUUAAAACAAUUUUUUGAGAAAAAAAGUUGUAAUUCAAGGGCACGAAAAGGGGUAACUCUUAAGUAUUUCUCUAAGAUAGUAAAUCUCCCUCAAUUAACUCCUUUAGUGACAAAAUUGAUAUAAGUAGUGAUAAGUUAGACUGGGUGUUUUAAUGUCAUGUUUAGAGGGGGGGGGGAGUAGUUUAGGAGCGUGAAAGGGAGUAAGGUAGUCUUAUGUUAUAUAGCAGAUAAAUACUUCUCAAAACUUAAUGAUGUUAGAAAUGUAAAUAGCAUUAUUUAUUUAAAGUUAUGAAUUGUAAUAAUUUUUUGCAAUCGCGCUUAGAAAUUUACGCAAAGGACCUAUCAUUUCUAGUGUUAAAAUAAUAUUCUUUACAUUGUGUUGUCUAGAGAAGACCACAACUGAAACUAAUGUCUACAAGAUUUCGGCAAUCGCAUUGUCCUGCAUCCUGGGCUGUUUUCUCCUCGGAGUGUGUGCAGUUUUGGUCAAGCGUUGCCGUGCAGGUCAAGGAAGUUUUUUUUCUCUCUUUCAAAAAAUCUUACCUCUUCUCUAGUCGUAGCAUUAUCUUACUCUAUACCACUUACAUUUUAAUAUCGGUAAAAUGCAAAGACUCAUUUUCUUUGUUUUAUGAUAUAUUUUAUCAAUACUUGGUUAGAAUAUAAUGUAAUGCAUACGAAUUGUUUUUUAACCAGGUAACUAUUCAUUAGUCGGGACUAACCUCUGUUGGCUUAACAAGACAAGGACAGAGGACUCGGUGUAAGUUGAUUUAUAACUAAUACACUAAUCUUUAUUAUCUAAUUACAACUAGCUGAACUGUCCGUUCUACGCCCGGAACGAGGAUAUUUUGAUGGACACAUCAUGAUAAAGCAACGGUGGGACGUACGGUAAACAAUCGGCCAAGUCAGUUUCAUGUCCUCUAAGACGUGGUUUCCAUUUUGAAUUUUUGUCAUCCCAAGUUUAACGGCGUUCGGGUAUUUCCAUAUGCAAACAAUCUUGAGAAUCAGGGCCUUCCUGAGAAACUGGUUAAAGUCCCCAAUCACGGAAGACAAAAGCAUAUCAUUACCAUUGAAGCUGGGACACAUUUUAUCGUCCAAAAACUUUGUUUGAAUCCGUGGUCUACCCUUAUGGGAAAGCUAGGGGUAACACAUUGGAUCACAGAGUCAACCAAGGACGGGUAUAUUUGUAAAAUUCCGGUGUGUCUGAUGAUUUGUACUUUCUCGAAUUCCCGAUGUUGCACCAUCUUGCACCAUCUGCACUGUAAAAAAACAACCGCUGUAAUUUCCCCUUUAAUAUUGGGAGCCUUUGUUCUGCUGUGGUGCUCAUUAUAUACUUCUUCCUCAAGAAGUUCAUGCUAUCAUCAGUUGGCUGUCGCUUUUCCAGAUGUGCCUUUACUAAGCCGUCUUGUUAUAAUUUAGCAUCUCAUGCCCGAAAACAGUCACCGAUACAAACUAAAUAUAAACAACUGCACAAUUAACCCCCACACUAUGUACGCACACUUAAAAAUAAUUACACAGAUCUACAACGAUGGCGGACCGACUACCUACGGCCAGUGGCGGAGCUAGGGUUGGCGUCACCCGGUGCGGUCCGCACCCCCCGAACCCCUCUAGCGACGCCACGACCUACAGCGUUGAAUAUAAGAUAUCAGCGGUGAAAAUAUCUGGAAAAACACACACAAGUUAUGCUUGAAUAGCAUUGGAUGUUGAAGAGUGAUACACACUGCCCGCUUUAUGACAGAUCAACAUUUAUGAUUUCGUGGCGGUAUUUUUUUUUGUGUGUUAAUAGCACAAUACUUGCCAAGGUCAGCACCAACCCCACAAUAGUUGGCAAGGUCGCCACACAACAGUACAGUUUUAUAAACUGACUUUAAAAGAAAUAUAAUUAGCCUAGGUGUAACUAAAAAAAAAUUGUUUAAAGCAUACAGGGAUCUUUUGAACAUGGAAUUUUUUUAAUCUCUUGUAUAAUAAGUGGUUGAAGUUCAAUUAAAAUUCUUUUUUCUCCCAUCAAAAGUAUGUCAGCUUUUUCCCACUGAAUGUCGCUCUGUCCUAUAAAAAUUGAAAUACAGGAAAAAGAUUGUUGUGUUAUAUCAGAAAAGAUUCUUUACUUAAACAUGGCCUCAUUAAACUUUCCUUUCACACCAGACGUCAGCUUUUUCUGAGCUGGAGUUUAGGUUGUACACAUGGAAACAUUGCCAGAGAGAAGGAGUAUUUAUUUUUACAACUCUGUAUCAUCGUCACGUCUAAUUAUGGUAUUGAUAUCUUUUAGGAUAACAAGUGAUGAUUCUGUGAUUCAAUCUCAACGCUCUCGGAGAUACACCAACGGUAAGCAAGGAUCUUAACCCCCGACCCCCGCCCAACAUCUCUUAAUAAAUGUUGUCAUUGAAACGUCGCCAUAUUUUCCAUCAGUUGAUUACGAUUGUACCAUUUAACCCGAAGGUUUGAGCUGGGCUCACAGGGAUGUUGUUCGUCCUUCGUAUUCGAAAAUGACCAAGGCUAUAUUAAACGAUGAGUACGCAGGAGGCCUGUCAGUAUCUUUUUGUAUCUUAAAAGCUUUCCCGCACCUGAGACACACGUUGUUUUGGUUCCUUGUAGGAUAUGACGUGAUUUGGCUUUUUCGUGCCACGCACUAUCUUUGGGCAGUGCGCUUAUACUCAAAGGAUUUUGUCCGACAGUGAGUCUUUCAAGCCAGCUACACUGUCCGCGACAAGGUCAAUAUGCAUGGAUUUAAUUGAAGUUUUUAAACAAGCCUUGGAGAGAUUUGUCUGCCCAUCAACUAGCGUUCCCCGCUAGAUUCUGCUCUCUGGCUUUGUUGUGACACGCCCUGGCCAUAUGGCUUGUACUUUAUGUAGGAGUGGGUGGAUUAUGAUACAAAAGUCCCGUUGUAGAACCUAUCUUCUGCCAUCUUAUAAGAAGAAGUUUCCGCAUGUAGCUUAGGUGGGUAGGGUUUAGCUGUUCGGCACGUCUCGCCAGCAUAUAGUAGUGACACUAUUACGAUUGCCCUGUAUACCUUCAGCUAAGGUGACAGACUGAGACCCCUUCCGUUGCACAAUAGUGUUGACAGGAACAAAAACAAAUUAAUUUCAGGUCACGAGGUAAAUGUAUUUAAGAACUGUGUUACGCACUGACUUGUAUUGGGAGAAAUUAAUCUCCUAGUUUAAUUUUAAUUGGCUCGGACUAAACAGUGCCUAACAAAGGACGAUACCAUAGAAUCAACAAUAUUAAAGAUACGACCCAAAACAGUUUCUAGUUAAAAUUAAUAAGAUUUAUUAAGUCUAAAGAUAAUAACAAAAGAAAAGAAAAUAUAAUUACAAUCUUCAACUUACAGUAUGGUAGAUCUUGUACCGGUACACAGUUAACACAGUUAGAAUAAUGUGCCAAUAAAUAAUGCGAAAUAAACACAUAUGAGCACACAAAUACACAAAGAAUAAAACACGCCUCGUAAUGUUAAUAUCUAUCUGAAUCUCCGUCCCUUCGUAUCUGUCAAUCUUUUAUAUACAUGUAGCGUAAGACGCUUCCAGAAGGACCUAUGACGUGUUGUUUACAUAUCUCGGGUUAAAGAGUACAUUCGAGAAGUUACCCGGAAACAUUCUACCCAAUGCGUAAUUGGAAGCCGAUUGUAAACAAGCUACAUCAAAGAGAUUUAGCCCCGCCCACAACAGACGUUACUGUCUGCUAGGAGAGUACUACGAGGUCGAGGAAAGUUCACGCACAGGAAAUCGUGCUACAUAACAACUGUAACAACGUUAAAGUUAUAGUUAUUUUUAUAUUACAAUCACUUUACAUUUGAAAAUUUCCUUUACUCGUCUUUAAAUCUGCAAACCUGUCAAUCACUUGAUCAAAAUCAACACCCUUCACUAAAUAUCUUUCAACUGAUUAUAGUAGCUAACAGCCCCUAAAACAUCUGCUACUUCCUUGAUCGCAGCGGGUUGGAGUUCAGAAUGAAAGCGAUCAAUGCACUUCAGAUUCUCCCUAUUGUUUUCUUCUUGCAGCAUCUAUUUAUUGUUCUUCAGUCAUUCUCUUUUUAAAAUUUAAUCUUUUCUCUAACGAAAUUCUCCAUUGGUCUGAUUUUAAAAGUGCCUUCUAAAUACCAUGUUCCACUACGCGACAGCACUUCUUGUAGAGAAACAAUCUAAAGGCCUCUAGGUUGGUCUGCACGUUUGUAAGAGCAAAGCAUUGAAUCUGCAGAUACUGCCAGCUACUGCGGUCCGCACCCCGCUAGCUAUACGCCGCUGCUUUCCUUCAAGCACUAAUUUAAACUUUUACCCUUGAUUAUUACCACAUACAUUUUUAUUAGAAGACCAAACUACGAUAAGUAAGCCACUAAUCCUGUACUAUAAACUCUAACUCUGAUAAGUAGUCAGCAUCUCAUUGUUAUCAUCAUGCCCCUUAGUCCUUGGACCGUUGGGACACCACAGAUGACAAGAAAACUAUCCUCCUCCAUUCUUCUCUGUUUUCUGCACUUAGCAAAGCAUCGCAUUGCUUUAGUCUGGCCAACUCUUUGAUGUUAUCUUCCCAUCUUGUUCUCUGUCUUCCUCUUUCUCCCUCCUCUCGUUGUCCCCUGCAUGAUUUCUUUGGCGAAUCUUUGUUUUCUUAUCACGUGUCUCCUAUUUUAAAUUUAUGACUCGUUCAAACAGUGCCUAGCAAAGGACGAUACCAUGUAGAAAUGCAAUAAUAAAGAUACGACACGCAAAAACUGUUGCCAGUUACGAUUAAUAAGAUUAAAUUUGUAGUAAUACAAUAACAAAACAAAAUAAACAUAAUUACAAAUUAUCAACUUACAGAGUAUGGGAAAAUCUUGUACCGGUACACAAUUAGUACAAUGUGCCAAUUAAUAAUGAAGAAUGACGAAUGCGAAUAAACACAUGAGAACACACAAAGAAUAAUACAAUUGUCUCGUAUAGUUAAUAAUCUCUCUCUCUCUCUCUCUCUCUCUCUCUCUCUCCCUCUCCCUCUCUCCCUCUCCCCUCCCCCUCCCCCUCCACCUCCCCCUCUCUCUCUCUCUCUCUCUACCUGUCAAUCCCUUAUAUAUGUGGUUUAAUCCCUGCCUUCCAGAAGUUACUCAGCAUUUGUUUACGUUUCUAGAACAACUCGAGAUUAUUGGACAAGAUACUAGGAGACAGUCUAACUAUGCUUAUUUGGUAAACACGACAGAUCGAAAGAACUAGCCCCACCCAUCUAUGAACCGAGCGUCUGCUUAGGAAUCUAAUUUAAGGUCAAGCAAAGUUCACGCACGGGGAAAUCGUGUAAAAGUUAUGCAUAACGGUGGCCAUGCCAUUCCCGUUUGCGCUUCUUUACAGUACACAGGAGGUCAUCAUACUGCCAAUUGCUUGAAGAAUCCAUUUUCUUCCUUUAUAGCAGCAUCUAACUAUGAUUUAACUAUAACACUCUAAGCCAAUUAAAAUUUGUUUUAAAAAGUUUAUCUAUCUUUUACAGAAGACGUUAGCUAUAUGGAUACCUGCUUCUCGGAGAUCGCAACUUCUGAGAACGGCCCAAACACCCAGUAAUAGUGCAAGCAGGUGGCGCCAGAUGAGACCAACGACACAACAACAAAAUGGCGAGUGAGAGUGUCAACAUAAGACGACAUUGGAGUUUGUGGACCAACUUAUUUUUGUUUAAUUAGGCUGAUCGGUUAUAUUUUAUUGUAUUUCUUGAAAUCUUGCAAAUUAGCUCAAAAAUAUAGAUUAUGGACUUAAAUAUUACUUGAUGUAAUUGAAACGGAAUAUGUUGAAAAAAUCUAGUGACAUUGAAAAUAAUGUCAGUUAUCACUUUAAGGCUGAAGAUGAAAAAAAACAUGCAACAUCAUUU